GGGAGUACUGGAGGCUAUCCGAGCUGUCAACGGGCAGGAGGCAGGGGACACCCUGAACUGGUUGCCACCCAAUUGCAGAGCACAUAGGGACAAACAUCCACACUCACAAUCACACCGAGAGGCAAUUUAGAGUCUCCAAUUAUUGUUGCAUGUUUUUGGGAUGUGGGAGGAAACCGGAGUGCCCAAAGAAAACCCACGCAGGCACGGGGAGAACAUGCAAACUCCACACAGGAGUGUCCGGGAUUUAACCAGGGACCUCAGAACUAUGAGGCCACCACUUUACCAUCUGAACCACCGUGUCACCUGCCUUGAAAAUUAAAUACAAAUUCAGUUUGAUGUACUACAGAAUGGCUGUAGUGUACUUAACUUGUCCUCUACUACAGAGAUUCUCCAUCAUUUCCAUGGGAAAUGAUCCAUUAAUCAAUCCAUCCAUUUUCUUUGCCGCUUAUCCUCACAAGGGUAGCGGGGAGUGCUGUAGCCUAUCCCAGUUGUCAACAGGCAGGAGGUGGGGUACACCCUGAAGUGGUUGCCAGCCAAUCACAGGGCACAUCGAGACAAACAACUGCACUCACAGUCACACCUCGGGGCAAUUUAGAGUGUCCAAUUAAUGUAGCAUGUUUUGGGGAUGUGGGAGGAAACCGGAGUGCGUGAAAUUAAACAGGUCCAAAUUUCACAUGAAGACCAUUUGUGUCUAAAUUGAGAAGAGAUCAUCACUAUUUCAGUAUGGCAUGUCAUUGCCCAUUCAGGGUACAGCGUCUGCAGCCCCUGCAUAGUCGUGCACUUAAAAGUCUGAAAUGUACACCUCAAUAGUUGGGGCACCUUAGAAUGUGUGUACAUCAAGUUCCAAAAUCUGUAAGUGUUGUUGUGCAAUAACACCACUGUAGAACCUUACACAUUUGGUAACAUUAUUUGCACAUGUGCCUGCCUGUGUUUCAACAUGCGUGAAAACUACCAUAUGAUUGCUCUCACGAGGCAGCGAAGAAAAUUUCCCAUCUUGCAUUUGUAAGCAGAAGAAGAUUCCAUUCCCCCAUGCACUGACAAUGUAAGCGAGUUAUUAGUCAACAUGUUACGCCCUGGGUUCUGCAUAUCCGCAGCUACGAGCAAUUUAGUCUUCAAUCAAUCUAUCAUGCAAGUUUUUGGAAUGUGGGAGGAAUUCGGGGUACCCGGAGAAAACCCACGCAGGCACGGGAUGAACAUACAAAAUCCACACAUCUGGAUUUCAACUAGCUAAAAAUAUUUUCAGAUUACAUUGUACUGUAUGCACUGAAAAAAAAUGUACGUCAACCGUUUGGAUGUUUAAUUGGCUGAAUUUAUGACUUAUAGACUGUCAAAAAAUAAACAUACAAAAAUGAAAGAAAAUAGUCGAACACGGCGGAUUCAUUUAAACUUUCAAGUUAUCUCCUCAUCAUGAACUUGCUGUGGCCUUCUUCUCUUUUCUUAUUGUUUUGUUUUUUUUCCUACUUGAUUAAGGAAGUAAGUUUAGUGGGUGGAGAGGUCACUUCUCUCUUAGAGAAGUGACACUCACACCAGUAGAUCUCCACAUUUACAUCAGCACUCACAUUUUACUUUUGGCUUUAACGACUCGCAACAAAAAGGCACAAUUGUGCGGAAUGCUGGGUGAAGGUUUUCUGACGGUUUUGACUUACAAGGAGGAGGUGACUUCUGAUUCCAUGGGAGACAAGUUGCAUACAAGAUCGAGUAGUCCUCAGACAGACCUUCAACAGAGAGGUGUAGACCUGGAAAAGACUGGUUGCACACUUUCUAAUGGAUCCUGUGAAGUACCAGCAGCUCCCCCAGGUCUUUUUAUCUCCAGGUGUUCACCUGCUCAAACCCUGGAAAUGGACCUGACGCUGGGUUCAGGUCCUUGCAGCCUCCUGGAACAUUAUCCUGAUCUCCAGGUGGCUGACUCUGGGCCCAUCUCUUACAAUCCUUCCAGACCCACCGCCACUCUGCAAGAUCUUUACACUCACUCUUGUGCUUUGACUCUGUCAGAGCGUGCAGAACAACAGCAGUUUCUUCACGAGCAUCUCCUUUCACUUCCAGACCAGGGCUAUCUGGUUAUGGGUGACAGCGUGAACACCAGCUUGGGUCUGCACACCUCACAGUUAGAACCCAUGUCUAACUCAUUGCUAAAUGGACUUCUGGAGAAAAAGCUGGAUGAGGUAUACUUGCAGCACCUGACUGACAACCUGGCUCGAUGCAGCUCCAACUUGGGUAACAGCCUCCUGCAUGGCCUGGUGUCCCCUCUGCAAGCUAACAACUUACAGCAGGACUCCGACUCGCUCGAGUCCAGUUUGGAAAAGGGACCUGGAGGAGAGAGAGGCAAAAAGAUAAGUCAAGUGACCACCCCAAAUUUAGCUCCAUGUUCUUCCAACUUUAGCACACCCAUCCUUCGUAUUUCUGAGGAUACUUGUUCAGAAUGAAAGCAUUUAAUAAGUACUUGGAUGUAUGGCCGACAUUAAAAACGUAGUUGAUUUUUGUUCUUUUCAUCCAUAGAAAAUUCAAGGCCUACAAUGUGUUUCGUUUGAAAUUUUGCUCACUUUUGGUGACGUGACUCUUCUUUAAUUGCUUGCAUAUGACACCUGCUGGUAGAUUUUUGUACAACACCACAAAGUCGUCAUGCCACUCGUAAUAUAAACCUGUGAUUUACCAGAUUUAUGUCAACUGUGAUUAAGAUUAACGCUUCUUUGAUGAGCAAGAAAUAUUGUAAAUAAAACUAAAUCUGUUACCUUUU